UUCUGCGCGCGCGGGCACCGCUGCCAGCUGCUCCGCGAAGUGCCGGCCGCGGCCGCGAUGGAGGCGCAGGCACAAGGUUUGCUGGAGGCCGAACCACUACAGGGAAGAGACGAAGAUGCAGUAGCUGGUGCCAACUUCUCUAGCAUGCUGUCGGAGGAGGAGAAAGAAGAACUUAAGGCGGAAUUAGCUCAGCUAGAGGACGAAAUCACAACUUUACGACAAGUUUUAUCUGCAAAAGAAAGGAGUCUGGUUGAGAUCAAACAAAAACUCGGCAUGAGCCUCAUGAAUGAACUCAAACAGAACUUCAGCAAGAGCUGGCACGACGUGCAGACCACCACGGCUUACAAGAAAACCCAGGAAACCCUGAGCCACGCAGGGCAGAAGGCAACGGCAGCGUUCAGCAACGUGGGGACAGCCAUCAGCAAGAAGCUUGGAGACAUGAGGUCUCACUCCAUCGGCUACUCCAUUCGCCAUUCCAUAAGUAUGCCUGCUAUGAGGAAUUCUCCUACUUUCAAAUCAUUUGAGGAGAGGGUUGAGACAACUGUCACAAGCCUCAAGACGAAAGUAGGCGGGACCAACCACGGUGGAGGCAGUUUUGAAGAGGUGCUCAGCUCCACGGCCCAGGCAAGCGCCCAGAGCUCAGGCGCAGGCACCCCGGGGCGGGCCCAGCAGGAGCUGCAGUGCUAGACCCUCUGGGCGGGCGCUGCUGAUCCAUGCCCUGCUCACAGACCCAGACAGGAAGACCAACCCCCUCUGGGAAAACCCGGAGCCCUGUGCCUGUGAUUCAGAGCUUCCCCACCGAGUUGGAUGACUUGAUUCCCAUCUGUAUUUGCGUUGUCACCCUGAGCGCCAACUUUGAGUCUUCAUAUUUUGCCAUCUGUUAAAUGUCCCCUACGGAGCCGACGAGGCACGUGACUAGUCACCACCCGUCUUUCUGUAAUAUACCGCUCAUCUUCCAAUCACGUAACUGGUAAUUAUUUGCUUUGGCUUUGACCUUUGAUGACAAGCAUGAAGGAAUACUUUCAGUGCUAUUAGACAAACUGGAUGGAUCUCUAUAACUGGGCCCAGCAAUCAAUGAUAUACUGAGAAGUUUACUUAACGACAUAAAUUACAUAUAUUUAUUUCCGCAGUUAGAUACGUUUAAUGAUAAGACUUUGAGUUAAUUUAAGUCUCCUAAGUUCUGGUGACCCUACGAGAGUUGACGCUGACCCUGCAGAUGCUAUUUCAACCACUUGCCAAUGUGGUGGAGAGGAGACAGGCGCCUUUGAGUAAGGAUGACCCCGGCUCCCCUGGGCUGCUAGACUCUCUCAUUCUAAAAUUCACUCCAAUCUACCUAGAAUGUUUCUUAACUCAGGUAACAGGUAGUGGAAAACAUUUGCCAGUUGCUGCCACUAAGGAGGAAAAAAGUCAUCAUAUUUAUACAGCUGGGAUCCCUUUUACAUUUCAGAUUGUACACCUCUCUUUUCUUCUUCUAAAUGAGAAUCUACAUUUGUUGUUAGGCUCCAGAGUUAUAUAGUUCCUAGACAAAUUUCUGAAAUGCAUACGGAGUAGACCUAUUAAUUAAAAAUCACCAUUUAAAACUC